GGCCUUCUCCAUGGAGCAUGCAGAAGAAUGUUCACGAGGAUGCCAUGACAGGUCGAAGGAUGUCCAUGAUGACCAUGUUGCACUUUGACGUUGGUUGGCUGCUUGUGCCUGCAAUUGCGACGGCCUUACUCCUCCCGUUCUUCUAUGUGUUUGCGACCUGGGACCACGACACGUUUCGACAGUACCCCCUAUUGCCAGGCCCGUUGGACUGGGGGUCGAAAGAGUUCAUGUUCCGUUGCUGGCUGUCCAAGUUCAUCCGCGUGGGCUGGUCGUCCAGGGACAAAUUACUUGCGCCGUGCCCACGCAUUGCGCUGCAGACCAAGUUCACCAUCCUCGACACCGAAAUCGCCAACGUCAAGGCCUCUCUCGGCAUGCUGUCGGCCCCAGAGUCCAUCUCGGCUGUGCCGUUGUUCUUUCCACAGAUCCUGUGCGGGUACUUGCUGGUGCAACUGCUGGGAAACUCCAAUUUCCCCUGCCCCGUGCACUCGUUAACAUGGAAGCGCGUGCAUGUGACCCAACUCCGUCGCAUCAGCGUAGACGAAGAGCUGAACUGCUUGAUGGUUCUCAUCGGCAAGAAGAUCACGAGCGACGGCGUCGAGUUUACCGUCCAGACCGACUUGUUCGAUGAUGUGGGGGUCGUGUGGCAGUCGUCGCUGUACUUCGUCGCGCCGUACGCGGUCACGUCCGCGAUCCCCGUCGCGCCGCCGUCCAAUCCCGUGGACGUUGACAUCAUGCGCUCCACUGACGAAAGCAACAUUACCAUCGGUUUGGCGUGUUCCCAGGAGCGUCUGGCAGAAUUCGAUCUGGUAGAUAUACUGCUAAAGAAUGACGAUAAUAUGGUGCCACAACCAGGGCGGCGCCGUGGACAUUGAACGGUUGAAUGGGUGGUGGAGUCCGUCGACUCCCAAGGUGACGCCGCUGUGGCUGCUUGCAGCGGCGUCGUCGGCCAUCGAAAAGCAAGGUCUCGAGAUCGUGUUUCCCGUCAUGUGCCACGCACAAGCCAACGGACCGACCCAGAAUGUCCCACCGACGUCCGACGACUUGACCUGUGAAGUGGCGGCAAAGACUGAGGACGGCAGCACGAAGCUCAUCACGUUCAAUGUGUCGACCUCGAACCGCCCUGCUCUAGUCUCUGGUUACCUCCGCUCUGUCGGAUGGAAGUACGUCGUGGCGGACGACGAGCGGCACGAUGACACCUCGGAAUUGACAAUCUGAUGAUUGUUCGUUCCUUCACAGUUUCACACAGUUUAAAAAGUACCAAACCAUACAAAAAACAAAUACAAAGUUCGAUCGAUUUGAUGGGAUGAUUGGACUGGAAUAUUCCCAUUUAAGUCGAAUAAAUUUUCCG